GCAAUCCUGGCUGAUAUAUUCGUAAAUGCGCACAUUGGAAAGUGCCACCAUUCCUCCAUGACGAAUUCCGACCAUUGGGCGCGAUCAAAAUUCCCGAAAAAUCUCAAGCGCGGGUCGCUGACACAAGCAAAGCUGACGCUCUGCCAAAGUUAACGAUGGUCCUUCAGACCAGUUGGUUCGUGCUCCGGGUUGUUGCUCGGCUGGUGCAGAAUUGCCCGCGACCCAACCCAAAGUGUCCACCGUCGCCUUUGCCGGGAUGACUGGUGCAACGUAAGGUUUCUGCUUGCACAAGCCACUCAACGUUGCGUGCCCGCUUAUCAUGUGGGUCGUGUCGCAACGGGAAGUCCAAACAGAUCCCUUUCAACAAAUAUCUGCCCAGAAGAAUAUCUAGGAGUAUUGAACAUGGACCUCCCACACUGUGCGUGCUUUACAAAUAUUCACGUAAGUUACCUUCUUCAAACAAGUAAUCUGCUCAUCGAAGAAGUUCGGGCACGCAUCUCGUCGCCCAUUCAUGAUCUGCCGGUAUGGCGUUGUCAGGCUCAAGUUGAGCCCUUCCGCCACGAGCGCGGAACAGCUUCUCCCAACGGCACUGUAUCCAUGGCCAAUGCACGUCCUGCGAGUCAUCAUCUACGCAGCGAUGAUCCCCUUCCACAUUUCGCGUUCCGCAUACUUAUUAGGCUCCUCCUGGCAGAUACUGACACAGACAGGUAUCCGGAUGACGGAUGCUGGCUCACCAGCUGCCACCGGCAAGUGCGAUUUCAUCCCACGCGUCGUCAUCGCCUUUUCCACAGACUCUCUUUGGACGUCGCUUGGUGUGCGCAUUUCUCUAUUGUGUCGGAGCAAUGGCUUUGGCGAAGCUGCUCUCUGGCGGUUUGCGACUUCUCAUUACUCGCAUUCAUUCUUCCUUUGCUAGUCUGUGUUAGGCCCGAACAUGCUCGGUUUCUUUCACGUAUCUUAUAUCUGGCAAGUAACACUAUUCCUUGCUGUAGACACCCUAUGCUCUCUUCCCGCGGCAGGUGCCUACCAACCCGUCUCAUGGACCGCUGGCAGAUUCAUGCCGCAGAUCUGAAUUUCAACGUGUAUCCAUAAUACUCUCGAAGUGUUGUGUAGAUCCGUUCUCUUGCAACGCACUACUAAAGCUAACCUAAACGUAUGGAUACAAUGCUCACUGGCCUCGCACGACGGGUCACGAUAAACACUUUCCAUCCAUAGUCCUUGUAGCUAGAUUGAGGUACAGCACAUCUUCCUAUAAUACAUCGUGCAUUGUUCAUGUUCAUGUAUG